AUGAUUCUUGUCACAACUCGGUUCCCAAAAAUUGUAGAAAUGGUGACAAAAGAAUCUAAUCCAAUUGACCUCCGUGGUUUGGAUCCUGAUGAGUUUUGGAAAUUCUUCCAAAUAUGUGCAUUUGGUAGAAUUCAAGAUGAGCAUGGUGAUCAAGAGUUAAUUGAUAUUGCAAAACAAAUAGCAGAUAAGCUGAAAUGCUCCCCACUUGCAGCCAAAACAGUUGGUCAGUUAUUGAUUAAGAAACCCUUUCAGGAACAUUGGAUGAAAAUUCUUGACAACAAAGAGUGGCUAGAAGAAUACCAUGACAAUGAUAUUAUCCCUGCCUUGAAAAUUAGCUAUGACUACCUUCCCUUCCAUCUGAAAAAAUGGUUUUCAUGUUUUUCCCUUUUCCCUGACGAUUAUAAAUUUGGAAAGCUUGAGAUUAUUCGUUUUUGGGAUUCUAUAGGCAUCAUAGAUUACCCUAAGCAGAAUAAAAAAUUUGAGGACAUAGGAUCAGAUUAUCUGGAUGAACUAUUAGAUAAUGGUUUUCUUAUAAAAGGAGAUGAUAAUAAUUAUGUAAUGCAUGAUUUACUCCAUGAUCUUUCACGUAAAGUUUCAUUAGAAGAAUGUGCCUAUAUCAGUUGUUCUACUUUUGAGGCAAAUGAAAUCCCACAAUCUAUUCGUUACCUAUCCAUUUUCAUGCAUGAUGAUAUUCAUGUUAAAAGUUUUGAGGAAGAGAUGGGUAAAUUUAAGGAAAGGAUAGACAUUAAAAAUUUGCAAAGUUUGAUGAUUUUUGGAGAAUACAGUAGGUUACACCUGGUCAAUGUUUUAAGAGACACAUUUAAGGAAAUAAAAGGUCUCCGUGUUUUAUCUAUAUUCACGAACUCCCAUAGUUCCUUGCCAAACAACUUUUCAAAGCUUAUCCAUCUUCGAUACUUAAAACUUAUGUCGCCUGUUUACGCAGAAGUGUGUUUGCCUAGCACAGUGUCUAGGUUUUAUCACUUGAAAUUCCUAGAUCUUAACCAAUGGAAAAGUAGUUAUUCUUUGCCUAAAGACAUUAGCCGCCUUGAAAAUCUACGCCAUUUUGUUGCUACGAAACAAUUUCAUUCCAAUGUUCCUGAGGUGGGGAAAAUGAAAUUUUUACAAGAAUUGAAAUAUUUCUAUGUUAAGAACGCGAGCAUUGGAUUUGAGCUAGGAGAGUUGGGGAAACUAGAAGUGCUUGGAGGAGAGCUCAAGAUAUCUGGACCUGAAAAUGUGAGAACCAGCCAAGAAGCCGAAGAGGCCAAACUGAUGGAAAAGAGGAAUUUAGUGAAGUUGGGAUUAGUUUGGAAUAGGAACCAAGAGUGCACUGGAGAUGAUAUCCUUUUUUUAGAAAAGACUGGAGAUGAUAUCCUAGAUAGUCUCAAGCCACACUCUAAUAUUAGAAGACUUUGCAUUGUAAAUCAUGGUGGCUCUGUUGGUCCUAGUUGGUUGUGCAGCAACAUCGUAUACAUGAGAAACUUGGAGACCCUACAUCUAGAGAGCGUAUCAUGGGCCAACCUUCCAUCUAUUGGGCAGAUGUAUCACUUAAGAAAGCUGAAGCUGAAAAAACAUUCUUGGGAUAUCUCAGAUUGGACCUGA